UCUGACAUUCUGCAGACCAUUACCGUCAAUAUCGACGGCGCCAACCACCAUGUCGUAUCAUACUAUCGAGAAGAAGAUGUCUCGAUCAACCGUCUUCGUCGCCCAACGGCCAAUACAGAGAUCAUGUCGCUAGAAGUCCCAAUAAGCGCGGUGAAAGACACGAGGUUUCGCCACCCACCGCGCGUUGACCUUGACGACAAUAAUAUACCUAGAAUGUGCGUGACACCUCUGUCUACCCUUUGA